AUGCUUGGUAAACCAGUUGAUACGAUCGUAAUUACAUCCGAUACAUUUGAUCGAGUACCUAGUGAUAGAUGUUUUGGCGUCUUUUUGGCAUUUGUCAUCCAUGGCCUUGGUUGUUUUUUACCAUGGAAUUUAUUAUUUCAUAGUUAUGAAUAUUUUGUUUGUUGCAAAAUUCUUGGUGAUGAUUCGGAUAUUUAUCGUCAAUAUUUUUUAAGUUUUUGCGCUCUAGCUGCUCUACUUGCGGCUUUAGUUUCUACUGGUAUUGGCCUUUUUAUUGGUUUCCAUGGCGAUACGAAACGGCGUGUUAUUCCAUCAAUUGUUGUGCUCAUUAUUAUGUUCAUUCUGCAGGUGCUUUUUGCCGUAUUCGAUGCUCGUGAUUCCUCAGGGAUUUUUCUUUGUAUUACAAUUCUUAAUAUUGUAGUAAUUGGAGCUUUUAUCGGUCUCUAUCUAUCAAGUGUCUCAGGCAUUGUUGCAUAUUUUCCUGAUCGAUAUGUGAAUGCAGUUGUUAUAGGCACAUCACUUGGUAUUUUGAUUGCUAUUUGUAGUAGGAUUGCUUUUAAAUAUUACUCGAAUGAUCCUAGAGUGACUGCAAUUUAUUUUCUUGUCACAGCUGUUGUUACACUUCUUUUUUGCUUUGAUAUUUAUUUUGCUUUUCCUUAUUCGCGUUUAUUUCGAUUUUAUCAUACAUCAAUAAAAAUAGAUAUAUUACAUACGAUAAAAGGACGUUUACUCAAUAUUCCGUAUGGAAACGUAUUGAAACAAAUAUGGCUUCAAUGUUUUUCUAUUUGGUUACAUUAUUUAUCGACAGUAACUCUUUUCCCUAGUAUUCUCAUUCAAGUGCAAAGUAUAACACCAAAUUUUUUUCAUACGAGUCUUCAAUUUGUUGAUGCAGUUGUUUUGAUCAAUUUUGCUUUAUUUAAUCUUGUCGGCAAUUUUCUUGCAGGUUGCAUUAAAAAACCAUAUUCACGAUGGAUUUCAUUUUUGGUCUUGAUUCGUGCAAUUAUAGUAUUGAUUAUAUUUCUUUUUGUUAAUUUCGAACCAAAUUCAAGACAUAAUUUACCAGUAUUGAUUCGUAAUGAUUAUGUUUUUAUGUCACUUAUCAUUGUCUUUGGAUUUACGCAUGGAUAUUUAAAUUCAAUGCUACAAAUGUUAACAGCAAAAUCAGUAGAACCAUAUCUGUCAGCCACAGCAGCUGUUAUAUUACAAUUAUUUAUAUUUGCCGGUUGUUUUUUCGGUAUUAUUGGUUCAUUUGUAUAUCAGUUUAUAUCAACAACGCUUUAA